AUGCCGACUGAGCCCGAGACGGCAACCGCUCCGACAGGAGUCCCUCGCUCGACCUUUGUGGACACCUUUGAGAGCCAACCGGGCACUCCGGGAGCGACUACCGGCCAUGUCUUCCCCACCAUCAAUCGCAUCCGAAAGGACCUCGGCCAGCAGGCUGGUGGUCCCCUGAAGAAGCUCUUGGUCGCCAACCGUGGAGAAAUUGCUAUCCGCAUCUUCCGAACGGCCCAUGAGCUCGCCAUGACGACAGUCUCCAUCUACUCGUACGAGGACCGCAUGAGCGCCCAUCGAUACAAGGCAGACGAGGCCUACCAAGUCGGUGCUGGCAUGUCGCCCGUCCAAGCCUACCUCGCCAUCCCGGACAUCAUCCGCAUUGCCAAGGAGCAUGGCGUUGACAUGAUUCACCCCGGCUACGGCUUCCUGUCCGAGAACCACAACUUCGCGAAGGCAGUCGAAGACGCUGGCAUUGCCUUCAUUGGCCCUCGACCCGAGACCAUCGACGGCCUCGGAGACAAGGUCAAGGCUCGUGAGCUCGCGGGCAAGGCUGGCGUACCCAUCGUUCCCGGUACCCCUAGUGCCAUCGAGAAGUACAACGAGGCCGCUUCGUUCGUCAAGGACAUCGGCUUCCCCAUCAUCAUCAAGGCUGCCAUGGGCGGUGGUGGCCGUGGUAUGCGUGUCGUGCGCAAGGAGGAGGACUUCGAGGAGUCCUUCUCGCGAGCCAGGUCUGAGGCGCAGAACUCCUUUGGCGACCCGACCGUCUUCAUCGAGCGCUUCCUCGACAGACCCCGCCACAUCGAGGUCCAGCUCUUGGCCGACGGAGAAGGCAACUGCGUCCACUUGUUCGAGCGAGAUUGUUCAGUGCAGCGCCGUCACCAAAAGGUCGUCGAAGUCGCUCCUGCCAGCAACCUCGACGACACUGUGCGCCAGAAGAUUCUCACUGACGCAGUCAAGCUUGCCAAGACGGCCGGCUACCGCAACGCUGGUACCGCCGAGUUCCUCGUCGACCAGCAGAACCGCCACUACUUCAUUGAGAUCAAUCCGCGCCUUCAAGUCGAGCACACCAUCACGGAAGAGAUCACGGGCAUCGACAUCGUCGGUGCUCAGAUACAGAUUGCUGCGGGCGCUACCCUGGACGACCUGGGCAUCUCGCAGUCGACCGUCCAGAAGCGUGGCUCAGCCAUUCAGUGUCGUAUUACCACCGAGGACCCGGCUAUGAACUUCCAGCCCGACACGGGUCGUAUCGAGGUGUACCGCUCUGCUGGUGGUAAUGGCGUCCGUCUCGACGCAAGCUCAGGCUUCGCCGGCGCCCAGAUCACGCCCCACUACGACUCGCUCCUGGUCAAGGUCACCUGCCGUGGCGCCACUUACGAGGUUACCCGCCGCAAGAUGCUUCGAGCCCUCGUUGAGUUCCGUAUCCGCGGUGUCAAGACGAACAUUCCCUUCCUCUUCCGUCUCCUGACCCACGACGACUUUGCCAACGCUCGCACCUGGACGACGAUGAUUGACGACACGCCCGAGCUCUUCAACCUCGUCCAGUCCAAGAACCGUGCUCAGAAGCUCCUCGCCUACCUCGGUGACGUCGCCGUCAACGGCAGCUCCAUCGCUGGUCAGACGGGCGAGCCUGGUCUUCACGAGGAGAUCGACAAGCCUCCCUUCAGCGACCCUCAGGACCCCACCAAGCCCCUCGAUGCCUCGCAGCCAUGCCAAGAGGGCUGGAGGAACAUCAUCGUCAACGAGGGCCCGGAGGCGUUCGCCAAGGCUGUGCGCGCUUACAAGGGCACUCUCAUCAUGGACACGACGUGGAGAGACGCUCAUCAAUCCCUCUUCGCUACUCGGCUGCGUACGAUCGACAUGAUCAACAUCGCCAAAGAGACCUCUCACGUCCUCAAGAACGCAUUCUCGCUCGAGUGCUGGGGUGGUGCCACCUUCGACGUCGCUAUGCGCUUCCUCUACGAGGACCCUUGGGAGAGGCUUCGCAAGCUGCGUAAGCUCGUGCCCAACAUCCCCUUCCAGGCCCUCAUUCGUGGCGCCAACGCUGUCGGCUACACCUCGUACCCCGAGAAUCUCAUUUACGAGUUCAGCAAGAAGGCGGUCGAGUGCGGCCUCGAUAUCUUCCGUGUCUUUGACUCGCUCAACAACAUCGACUCUCUGCGUCUCGGCAUUGACGCCGCCAAGAAGGCUGGCGGUGUUGCUGAGGGAACCAUCUGCUACACGGGUGACGUUGCCAACCCCAAGAAGCACCCCAAGUACACCCUCGAGUACUACGUCAACCUCACUGACGAGCUUGUCAAGGAGGGAAUCCACAUCCUCGGCAUCAAGGACAUGGCUGGUCUCCUCAAGCCUGCUGCUGCCCGCCUCCUCGUUGGCGCCAUCCGCAAAAAGUACCCGGACCUGCCCAUUCACGUCCACUCGCACGACACCGCCGGUAUUGCCCUCUCGUCGAUGCUCGCCUGCGCCGAGGCUGGAGCCGAUGUCGUCGACGUUGCCAUUGACAGCAUGUCUGGUCUGACCUCGCAACCUUCCAUGGGCGCCCUGGUCAGUGCUCUCGAGCAGACUGGCCUUGGUCCCGGCAUUCGUCACGAGGACAUCCAGAACCUCAACCUCUACUGGACUCAGGUCCGCCAGCUCUACCAGUGCUUCGAGGCCAAUGUCAAGGCGUCGGAUUCAUCCGUCUUCGACCACGAAAUGCCCGGCGGCCAGUACACGAACCUCAUGUUCCAGUCUCAGCAGCUCGGCCUGGGUUCGCAGUGGAACGCCAUCAAGACGGCGUACAUUGGUGCCAACAAGCUUCUUGGUGACAUCUCCAAGGUCACGCCCUCCUCCAAGGUCUGCGGUGACCUCGCUCAGAUGAUGGUUGCCCAGAAACUGGACCGCAAGGACGUCGAGGAGCGAGCAGACAAGCUCGACUUCCCCGAAUCGGUCAUCCAAUACUUCCAGGGCUACCUCGGCGCGCCUCCCGGCGGCUUCCCCGAGGAGCUCCGCAAGAAGGUGCUCCGUGGCAAGCCCACCGUCGGCGCCAAGCCUUGGGAGUCGCUGGAGCCCGUCGACCUGUCCAAGAUCAAGAAGGACCUCACCAAGAAGUACGGCAAGGCCAUGAGCACCACUGACGCGAUCAGCUAUGCACUUUACCCCAAGGUGUUUGAGGACUUCCAGAACUUCCUCGACCAGUACGGCGACUUGUCCAACCUGCCUACGCGCUUCUUCCUCGGCAAGCUCAACACGGGUGAAGAAAUGCACGCCUACAUUGACCGCGGAAAGCUCCUCAUUGUCAAGCUCCUCGCCGUCGGGCAGCUCAACCAGGCCAAGGGCACGCGUGAGGUCUUCUUCGAGCUCAACGCCGAGCCCCGCUCCAUCGAAAUCGAUGACCGCAGUGCCGCUGUCGAGACUACCGCUCGUGAGAAGGCGAGCAGCGACCCUGGAUCGGUUGGGUCGCCCAUGUCUGGUGUGAUUGUCGAGGUGCGAGUCCAGGAGGGCCAGGAAGUCAAGGCCGGUGACCCGCUGUUCAUCACUUCGGCCAUGAAGAUGGAACAGGUCGUCUCAGCGGCCUGCUCUGGUAAGGUUAAGCGCAUCUGCGCCAAGGUGAACGACUCGGUCUCGGCGGGCGACCUCUUGGCAGAGAUUGGGCAGUAA